CCUGGCUGUACCUGGCCCUCAACGAGAACUCCCUGGAGAGCUACCUGCGGCUGUUCCAGGAGAACCUGGGUCUGCUGCAUAAGUACUACGUCAAGAACGCCCUGGUCUGCAGUCACGAUCACCUGACACUCUUUCUGACCUUGGUGUCCGGGCUGGAGUUCAUUCGAUUCGACCUGGAUCUGGACGCCCCUUACCUAGACCUGGCCCCCUACAUGCCCGACUACUACAAACCUCAGUACCUGCUGGACUUUGAAGACCGCCUUCCCAGCUCGGUCCACGGCUCAGACAGCCUGUCCCUCAACUCCUUCAACUCCGUCACCUCCACCAACCUGGAGUGGGAUGACAGUGCAAUUGCCCCAUCUAGUGAGGACGGAGACCUAACAGACACCGUCAGCGGCCCCCGCUCCACUGCCUCGGACCUGGCCAGCAGCAAGGCUUCCACCCGGAGCCCCACCCAGCGCCACAACCCCUUCAACCAGGAGCAAGCAGAGGUCGUUUCCUCCUCCGAUACCACCCCUGUGCACACCACGCCUCCGGAGAAGGAGGAGUCCCGGGCCCUGGACCUGCCAGAUGCCUGCACGGAGCUCGAGGUCAUCAGGGUCACCAAGAAGAAGAAAGUCGGCAAGAAGAAGAAGACCAGAUUAGAUGAGGAAGCAAGUCCAGUUCACCCAAACUCCGGCCAGCAGAAGUGUGCCAAGCAGGGGGAUGAUGACAGCCUCGUCAGCAGCUCAGGCCUUGGGCGGGACUCGCCAGACACCACCCUUGCUUCCCCCCAGGAGGAGGGAGAGGGCCUGAGCAGCACGGCUGAGAGCAGCGAGCGCUCUGAGCUCGGCCACGUGGGCUUGCUGAUCCCUGAAAUGAAGGACACCUCCAUGGAGCGCCUGGGACAGCCCCUGAGCAAGGUCAUCAACCAGCUCAAUGGGCAGCUGGACCCUAGCACCUGGUGUUCCCACGUUGAGCCCCCUGACCAGUCCUUUCGGACCGGCUCUCCCGGGGUUACCCCGGAGAGGCCGCCAUUUUGCGACUUUAGUGAGGGGCUGUCAGCCCCAGUGGACUUCUACCGCUUUACCAUCGAGAGUCCAGGCACUGUUACAUCAGGUGGCAGCAACCAUGACCCUGCAGGGCUUGGCCAACCGCUGCAUGUUCCUAGUAGCCCUGAGGCUACUGGCCAAGAAGAAGAGGGAGGAGGAGGAGAGGGACAGACGCCUGGGCCCCUAGAGGAUACCAGGGGGGAGGCUCAGGACCUGGAGGCCCAGGAGGUAGAGGCCCAGCUGUCCCUGGUCAGGGAGGGGCCUGUGCCCGAGCUGGAGCCCGGGACCCAGGAGGCUCUUUGCCGGCUCAAGCGAGACCAGCCCAGCCCGUGUCUGAGCAGCGCUGAGGACUCUGGGGUGGAUGAGGGGCAGGGGAGCCCUUCUGAGAUGGUCCAUUCGUCAGAGUUCAGGGUGGACAACAAUCACCUGCUCUUGCUGAUGAUCCACGUAUUUCGAGAAAAUGAAGAGCAGCUGUUCAAAAUGAUCCGGAUGAGCACCGGGCACAUGGAGGGCAACCUGCAGCUGUUGUACGUGCUGCUCACGGACUGCUGUGUCUACCUGCUCCGGAAAGGGGCCACAGAGAAGCCAUACCUGGUGGAAGAGGCCGUUUCUUACAAUGAACUUGACUAUGUGUCGGUCGGCCUCGACCAGCAGACAGUGAAGCUGGUGUGCACCAACCGCAGGAAGCAGUUUCUGCUGGACACAGCCGACGUGGCCCUGGCUGAGUUCUUUCUGGCUUCUUUGAAGUCAGCCAUGAUCAAAGGCUGUCGGGAACCACCCUACCCCAGUAUCCUGACGGAUGCCACUAUGGAGAAGCUGGCACUGGCCAAAUUUGUGGCCCAGGAAUCUAAGUGUGAGGCAUCCGCUGUUACUGUGCACUUCUACGGGCUUGUGCACUGGGAGGACCCCCUGGACGAGUCCCUGGGCCCCGUCCCCUGCCACUGCUCUGCCCCCGAGAGCACCAUCACCAAAGAAGGCAUGCUGCAUUACAAGGCGGGCACGUCCUACCUGGGCAAGGAACACUGGAAGACUUGCUUCGUGGUACUCAGCAACGGGAUCCUCUACCAGUACCCUGACCGCACGGAUGUCAUCCCUCUGCUCUCGGUGAAUAUGGGGGGGGAGCAGUGCGGUGGCUGCCGGAGAUCCAACACCACGGACCGGCCCCACGCCUUCCAGGUCAUUCUCGCCGACCGGCCCUGCCUAGAGCUGAGUGCCGAGAGUGAGGCCGAGAUGGCCGACUGGAUGCAGCACCUCUGCCAGGCCGUGUCCAAAGGGGUCAUCCCCCAGGGGGUGGCUCCCAGCCCCUGCAUCCCCUGCUGCCUGGUCCUCACCGAUGACCACAUCUUCACCUGCCACGAGGAUUGCCAGACCAGCUUCUUCCGCUCCCUGGGCACAGCCAAGCUGGCCGACAUCAGCACUGUCACCACCGAGCCGGGCAAGGAGUACUGUGUCUUGGAGUUCUCCCAGGACAGCCAGCAGCAACUCCCACCCUGGGUCAUCUACCUGAGCUGCACUUCCGAACUGGACCGAUUCCUGUCUGCACUGAAUUCUGGGUGGAAAACCAUCUACCAGGUGGACCUCCCCCACAAGGCCAUCCAGGAAACCUCCAACAAGAAGAAAUUCGAGGACGCCCUGAGCCUCAUCCACAGCGCCUGGCAGCGGAGCGACAGCCUGUGCCGCGGCAGAGCCUCCCGGGACCCCUGGUGCUGAGGCGGAGCUGGUUGGCACCCCCGGUGGGGCGGGAAAGGGAGCACGCGUGCCAGCAGGCACACUAUGGUGGCCGUGUCAUCGUGCUGCUCGGGAGCUACAGCACACUCCUGCCCCAGGUGGCAGAACCACCAGUGCGGCUUAAGACAGGGUGUCUUCACUCCCAGGGAUCCAGAAGGGUACCCAGCACCCCUGGGCAUCCUGCCCGGCAGGGAGCGACUGGAGAUCGCUGGGGCAGAGGGUCCGAGCCCUGUGGGCUCUGCAGACGCACCCUCCUCCCUGGGCCCCCGCCCCGGCGUGCACCAUCCCUUCAGAAUGGUGACGAGAAGAAUCUAGAUCUAAGG